AUGGGCGAAGUGAUGGGAUACGAACAAUUUAAAGAGGAAUUGCGGGCGUAUAUUGUGAACCUGGCCGAGUAUUUAAGCCAAGGAAUAAGUGAGAUGCCCGAUGACAUGAAAACUAUUUUUGUUCUUUUAGGAAAACCAGGAACGGGAAAGAGAGGACGGAAAGACACCGAGAUUUUGGAAGGAACUACCCCCGCCGUUAAGGGGGCGUUUCCCGGACGAUUAGCCCAAGGAUUUGCCACCGCAAAACAGAGAAUAUUAAUUGUUCUAUUAGACGAGUUUGAAAAGAUUGCGGGCGAAGGAUUAGCGAUGAUGAUGGGAAAUGUUUUAGAUAUUAAGAAAA